AAGCGCGCGGAGGAUGCGGCCCCGAGCGGCCGGGGGCAGAGCCUGAGCGGCGGCGCGGCGGCCCCAGAGCCCGGCCCUUCCCGGUUCCCGGCGGCUCCGUCGCGGGCCGCAGCCGCCUCACCAUGUCCAAGAUGCCGGCCAAGAAGAAGAGCUGCUUCCAGAUCACCAGUGUCACCACGGCCCAGGUGGCCACGAGCAUCACCGAGGACACCGAGAGCCUGGACGACCCGGACGAGUCCCGCACCGAAGACGUCUCCUCCGAGAUCUUCGACGUCUCCCGGGCCACGGACUACGGCCCCGAGGAGGUCUGCGAGCGCAGCUCCUCGGAGGAGACGCUCAACAACGUCGGCGACGCCGAGACGCCCGGGACCGUCUCCCCGAACCUCCUGCUGGACGGGCAGCUGGCGGCCGCCGCGGUGGCGCCCGCCAACGGAGGGGCGGCCCGGAGCGCGCUCGGGGCGCCGGCCACCCCCGCGCCUCCCGCCCCGGCCGUCGCAGCGCCGCCGCCGCCGCCGCCUGGCGCCGCCGCGUGCAGCUCGCGCUUCCGCGUGAUCAAGCUGGACCACGGCAGCGGCGAGCCCUACCGGCGCGGCCGAUGGACGUGCGUGGAGUACUACGAGCGCGACUCGGACAGCAGCGUGCUCACGCGCUCCGGGGACUGCAUCCGCCACAGCAGCACCUUGGAGCCCACGGCCGAGCGCGACAGCGGCCUGGGCGCCACCGCGGGGUCGGUGGUGGUGGUGGUGGCCUCCGUGCAGGGGGCGCCCGGGCCCGAGGCGGCCGCUGACAGCUCGGUGCCCGCGGCCACCCAGCCGCCGCCGCCCGAGAAGCCCAGCCAGCCGGGCCCGCCGCCGCCGCCUCUGCCCGGCCCGACCGCGGGGCCCGGCCCGACCCCGGGGCCCGGCGCGACCCCGGGGCCCGGGGCGCCCGGCCUGGCGCCGCCGUUCGCCUACGCCGCGCCGCCGCCGCCGCCAACGGCGCACCUGCUGCCCGGCCUGCCCGCCGGCCCCGGCGACUACCUGCCGCCGCCCGGCCCCGCCGCGCCGGCCCCCGGGCCGCCCGCCGCCCAGGCCGCAGACGCCCCGGGCCCGCCGGCCGCCGCCGCCCAGGCCGCCGCGGGAGGCGUGGUGCCGCCGGGCCUGGGCCUGCCCGCGCCCCCGCCGCAGAUGGGGGGCCCCGGGCCGGCGGCGGUCGUGCCUGCCGGGCCCCACGCCCUGGUGCCCGGGGUGCCCGCCGUGCCCGCGGCCGCGCCCGCCCCCAGCGUGCCUAGUGCGCCCAGCACUUCUGCUCCUAUGCCAAAUGUCCCCGCGCACGGCGCGCUGCCCCUCGCGCCCGGCGCCCCCGGCAGCCUGCCGCAGGCCGACCUCAGCCAGUUCCAGGCGCAGGGCCCGCCGGCCGCCGGGCCGGUGGACGAGGCCAGAAGGAAGUCGGAACCCCUACCUCAAGCGCCGCUCGCUCUCCUCGCUGAAAACAAGCCUGUCGGCAAGCCCCCCGGGCCCGAGGCCCCGGCGCACGCCCUCCAGUUGACACCCAUGAACAGCCUGGCCACCUCUGUCUUCAGCAUAGCGAUUCCUGUGGACGGCGACGAGGACAGGAAUCCUUCAACUGCUUUCUACCAAGCGUUCCAUUUGAACACCUUUCAGGAAUCAAAGAGCCUCUGGGAUAGUGCAUCUGGGGGAGGUGUUGUAGCCAUUGACAACAAAAUAGAACAAGCAAUGGAUCUGGUGAAAAGCCAUUUGAUGUAUGCAGUAAGAGAAGAAGUGGAAGUUCUAAAGGAACAAAUAAAAGAAUUAGUUGAAAGAAACUCCUUACUUGAACGAGAAAAUGCACUGUUAAAAUCUCUUUCAAACAGUGAUCAGUUAUCCCAGCUCCCAGCCCAGCAGGCCCAUGCCGGUAGCACUUCUCAGCAGCAAGCAGCGAUCGCACAGCCACCGCAGCCAUCGCAACCUCCGCAGCAGCCGAAUGUCUCCUCAGCGUAGUGCUUUCUGCCUCAUUAAGAAAAACCCGAGAGCAGUCUGUCCUUGUGUGCCACUGCUGUUCUUUCCACUUUACACGAAAGCAAGUAGCCAUGCUUGGGUUGUGUGUUUGGCCUUUUCAGUAUUAGACAAUCAUUCUACAAGAGCUUUUCCUCUCUCUGAGGUGUCAUGCAGCGCUGUUGAUGUCCAGUUCUGUGUCAUCAGUACAAAAGGAGAGUAACGGAUGGGUUCUCUUAACGGGAGCAAAGUCUGCGUCUUACCUGGUGCGCGUGGGGGCGGUCUGUAGGAGCUGUGGUGGCUCUGCCGGUGGCCAGUUGCCCGUGGAUUUCCCCGAGCCUUCCUGUCAUGUGAUAAGUAACAGUUCAUCUAAAGAGCCACUUUUCUUUCAAUAUCAGUAACAUUGCCUACAUAAGUUUUCAUUUAUUUGUGUUUUAUUUAUUACAGGGCUGCUAUUUUCAUAAUGUACAUGAACAAUGUCACAGAACUUUUUUAAUUUUUUUAAAUAUAAGUAUCAGUAAAGGAAUUGAAAGACAGGAUUGCAUUUAAUAGAUAAAACGUUUAGGCAAUAAUUGAACAAAAGAAUCCUGCCAUAUUUCUAACACUAAUGGCAAUUUACCUUCGGUAUUUAUUUUCAGUAGUAAAGACCCAGCUUGAAUGUAAAUUUUGUAUAGUGUAAGUAUGAAGACCAUAGUGCAACUGUACAGAUAGUCACCGGUUAUUGUGAUAUAAUAAAUAAUUGGGCUAUUUUGAUGAAGAAAACUUUGUUCGUUUCUUUCUACUUUCUAAUAGAGAAAUUGCCACGAUUCCUCUGCUUUUUGACAUUUCGUAUGACUUUUUUUUUUUCGGGUGGGAAUAAAAAGCUGUGAAAUUGUUCAACCUACUUUGUAACCAAAGAAGCAAAGCUGUGUAAUGGAGUUUUUUGUUUUUGUUUUUUUAUAAUGCACAUUCUUUAUGUAUUUUUAUUUUAGUGUUUUCUCGGUCACAAUUUUCUUUGCUGUCUAGCAUGAUCUGCAUGACCUAUAAUCUUUGAACCACUUUGGUACCUCAUGUUUUUAUCCAGCACUCUUAUUGUAAUAUGUACUAGUCUGUGAACAAUGUCAAAUAAAAAAGAACGAACAGGUGGUAUGGCGGAGCUGAGCUAGUGUUCUAUGCACUAGUUGUAAAAAAAAAAAAAAAAAUGAAGUGAGCCAUCUUUUGUUCAUUUAAAAUGGUGUUUUGAAUUUCGUAUGCAGAAAACGUUUUGUUACAUUGCAGAUUUUAAUGUAUUUAAUAAAUGCAACAUGCAGAUUAAGUGCAGUGUAUACUGAGUAUUUAAAUUAAAAUGUACAUUUCAUAAAUACAGUUUCAAGAGAAAGCAUCAUUUUGUGUAUACUAACACAUUAAGUAUGUCAGAAAUUGAUGUAUAAAUAUAUAUUUUAACACAUUUUCUGAAAUUAAACUGCAGUUUUGUUGAAAUAUUUGGCUUUAUAUGUGUUCAAAACUUAAUUUGAUUAGAUUUGUAUUUUCACAUUUCAAAAUACUUUAACCUUAAAUGAAAAUGUUAUUAAUGACUUAAUGAUAGUUUUUAAAUUUUCAAAGCAAAUAAUUUAAAGGAAUGAAAGAAGUGAGCAAUAUUUGUACUCGAUAUUCAUAUCAUGUUAAUGAUACUUAAGUAGGAAAUCCUUGUCUACCAAAACUUUUACUUGAAUUCAGAGAGGUGCGUGUGGAAAUUGACAUGCUUUGUAUUUAUAGCCAACUAGCUCAGCAGGAGUUAAUGAGAACUGAGAGUUUGUUCUCCGUGUUAAAGGAAGAUAGUUUUCUUUAUCUAUUUGAAAUACUCAGUUUAGCCACUCCAAAUAAAUAAAUAAAUAAAACAUAAAAUUGGGGUACAAAUGGUAGAAUUACCAAAUAUUUUAUAUUCUAGUUGUGUUGUGGGAUAUACUGGUCAGUAAACAGAAUUUGUAUUAAUGAAUACUGGAAAUAACUAAAGGAACUAAGUGAAUAGGCUUGACUAAGCAGCUCUGAGAAUGUAGAGUGAGAUUUUAAGUAAAGCGAGCACAGGUGAGCUAGAGCGUGAAACUUCACUACCAGACGGUGUGCUGGGUGUGCCCCUCGGGUGCCACCCACGUGAUACCCAAUCCAGGUGGAGAACAACUAGCAUUAGGAAAUGCUGGAGGUUUUUUUGUAAACAUAAAUUCUGGUUGUGGAGAUUUUAUAAACACAAAAGUAAUAGCAGUCACAAAUGAAAUGAUUAGUAUCUUAAAGUUUAAAAUGAUAAUAGGCAAUUAUUACCACUUUUAAUUAAAAAAAAAAAAAAAAAAAAAAACACUAAUGCCACAAUAGAAAAGGGAGAAAACAUGGAUAGUUCAUAAGAGAAAUAAGUUUUAUACAGCAGGACUUAGUGCUAGAAAGGUAGGCUUUCCUCUACUUGCAGAAAGUAACUUGGCAAUAUGUAUGAAAAGCCUUAAAUAUUAGUGUUUGACUUAGUAAUAUUUCUAGGAGUCUAUUCUAAUUAUUUAGAAGUGCAAUUAAGGAUAUUUGAAAAGUUAGGUGUCAAAAAUAAAGACUUAAAUGGCAAUCCAUCCAUAAAAUGGAAUAUUAAACAGCUAUUUAAGAAGAAGCUUUUCAGUUCAGUGACAUGAGAUGGUGCUCAUGGUGCAAUAUUUUAAACAAAUGCAAAAUUACAGUGCCUGUCCUCUGCUCUCCCAUCAUCCCCACCCUUUGUUGGAAGCCACCUCACCCUGGGGUGUUGGGGAGGAGCUGUGGAAGGAAGCCCUUACAUCUAAACCUGUUCCUGUGAGGCUUGCCCCCACUCCAGUCAGGGACAAAUGUCGUAAGGGUGGGAACCACUGUUGUGUUCAUCACUAUCAGAUCUGUUGUCUCUGGGAACAACUUCAAGCAUUUCCCAAUUGACUAGCUCACCUAGGGUCUUAAGUAACUUUCAGUAUUGCCUUGGAAAUUUAGGAUCUCAUGCGCUAUGUAACUGGAAUUAACUGACUGAGAUCCCAGUUUGGGGGCACAGGAAAAUAGCUGUCUUUUUCUCAUCGCAAUGCCCAUAGACGAGGGUGCCACAGAAGCUUUCCAUUGGUUUAUUUAACCAACCAGAAAUCAUAGAAAAUUUUGUUUGUGAUAGUGCAUUGUGUCUGCAACACAAACCUCAUUUUCCUCAAAGAGAAUUUAUUUUUGGUAGUUCCAAUGUGAUCUUACAGCUUGCCAUACCAAAAAAAGGGGGGCGGGGAGGGGUCGGGGGACAUUUGCAGUUAUUGAGAUCAUAAUGGUUUGUCCAAAAUAGCUGGAGGUUUCAAAUUUUAUUUCCAAUAUUGUGAGCUAAUUAGAAGUAGUGAGUCAAGAAUGCUUUACAAUUAAGCCCCCAGUGAUUGUUCGACACACCUGCCAUUAUUUACAAAGAAUUGUAAACAGAUCAGAGAUUGUGGUGUUUAUCCAAGUUUCAAACUAAUCAGUAGUGAAUCUUUAAAAAAAAAAAAAAAAAGCAUUCUUAGGA